AUGACCUCAGCCGACGAAGCGACCGGUCGUCCGACCGAGGAAAUCGUCCCCAAGGAUGCAUUUUCUCCAGCGCGUACAGACCGCCAUCCGCUGAUGAUUCGUUUUAUUCGCUCGACCCGAUGUGUAAAUGUUUUUUCUCCUAUCUCUUUUCACAAAGGCUAUUUUGUUUUCAACGGGGAUGGUGGUGGUGGUGGUGGUGGUGGUGGCGGCGGCGUCGGAGGUGGUUUUCCGCUACCAUAA